AUGCUGUUCCCGUCCCUCGGCCUCCUCGCAGCGGCGAGCAGCCUGCUCUCUCUGAGCUCGGCGCACAACAUCCAGAUGAAGGCGCACCAGCGCGAAUGCUUCCACGAGCAGCUGCACAAGGACGACAAGAUGACGGUCACGUUCCAGGUCGGCGACAGGGAAUUUGGCGGAAGCGGCAGCUUGGAGAUUGACUUCUGGAUCGAGACACCCUCCGGCACCUUCCAGAUUCACGAGCGCGGCGUGUCCUCGGGCGACCACUCGUUUGACGCAAAGGAAGACGGCAAGUACACAUACUGCUUCAACAACGAGCACUGGGGCGCAAACACAAAGGAGGUUUCUUUCAACGUGCACGGCAUUGUUUACGUGCCCGAGUCGGAGGCGCCCCAGGAUCCAUUGGAGAAGGAGGUCCACCAGUUGUCAGAGCUCGUCUCGCAGGUCAAGGAUGAGCAGGGCUACAUUGUCGUUCGUGAGAGAACCCACAGGAACACGGCCGAGAGCACCAAUGCGCGAGUGAAGUGGUGGAGCAUCUUCCAGAUCCUCGUCCUCGGCGCAGAGGGCAUUUUCCAGGUCUGGUGGCUGAAGAGAUUCUUCGAGGUGAAGCGUGUGGUUUAG